AAGAAAACGAUUCGGAGCAGCAGGUAAUAUUUUAGCCGCAACGCCAAGACGAAUGGGAUGACAUAUCGUUGAAAAAUAAAAGAAAAUGUCGUCGGAGGGAUCCGACCCACCACAACCAGCACCACCGUCAAGCCCCAGCGAAACCCUAGAUCUCCUACCAAUAGCACUCCUAGGCACAAUCUUGACGAAACUAGACAUCCCCUCCAUCUGCUCCGCGGCUUCCACCUGCAAAUCUUUCAAUUCCUCCGCUUCUACCAUCCUCUCUUUUCUCCCCCACUUUCAUCUCCUCGAUGUAGCACCGUCAAUUGGAUUGUUGAGGCCGUUAUUACCCCCCAAUAAUCCUCAUCUUCAAACCCUUCAUCUCGAUUGCGCUCGUCUCGAUGACUCCUCUCUCGAUUGCCUCCUCCGUCCCUCUCUUCGACAUGUUUCUCUUCACAAUUGCGCUGACUUUAGCGGCUCUCUCCUUUCGCAGCUCGGCAUUCGCUGCAAACUCCUCAGGUCUCUUUACUUGAGUUCUGUGGCUGAUAAAAGAUGGCGAUCAAUGUGUGUUUCUGAUCUAGAGCAAUUACUCACUGGUUGUACACAAUUGGAAACUUUGAGCUUGAUGUUUGAUGUCUCUAUAUUUCUUCGUCCCAAUUUUGCUCGUGUCUGGCCUUUGGCUUCUGCUAAAAUUACCUGCCUUGAGAUUGGUUAUAUUUCAUCGGUAAUGGUUACUGAAUUGCUUAGCCCAAUUUUAGGGCCCCAACAAUCACCAAGUCAUAUGCAGUGUUCCAUUUUACCAAAUAUUCACAAGUUGUGGCUUGCAGUAGACUAUAUUACUGACACUAUGAUUGGUACAAUAUCUAAAAGCCUCGUCUCGUUGACCCAUCUGGACCUUCGGGAUGCGCCAAUAAUAGAACCAUCUGUUACUAUAGACCUAACUAACUCUGGUUUACAGUUGAUAAAUCCACAUGGAAAACUUAAACACCUUUCUCUAAUCAGAAGCCAGGAGUUUGUCGCAACCUAUUUUAAGCGUGUUAAUGAUCUGGGGAUUCUUCUCAUGGCUGAUAGAUGUGAAAGUAUGGAAAGUAUAUGUCUUGGUGGAUUUUGUCGGGUUACUGAUACAGGUUUUAAAACCAUCUUGCAUUCUUGCACUAGCUUGUACAAGUUCAAGGUGACCUAUGGGAGCCAGUUAACUGAUCUGGUAUUUCAUGAUAUUGAUGCAACUUCUUUGGCUCUGACUCAUGUUAGCUUAAGAUGGUGCAAUCUUUUGACGAAUCUUUCAUUUGUUCGAUUGGCGUCAAACAGGAAUCUCAGUGUUUUGGACUUGAGAGAUUGUAGGAACCUUGGGGAUUCUUCUCUUAAAGCGAUCGGUACACUUCAUAAGUUGAAGACAUUACUUUUGGAUGGAUCUGAUAUAAGUUGUGUGGGACUCUCGUACUUAAAAGAAAGUGUUAUGCAUUCGAUUGUUUCGCUGUCUGUUAGAGGAUGCAAGAGGCUUACGGACAAAUGCAUCUCGAUUCUCUUUGAUGGAUCUUCUAGUAGAGAACUAAGAGAACUGGACUUGUCCAAUCUUCCCAACCUUUCCGAUGCAACUGUACUGCUACUUGCAAAAAGUCGUGUUCAGUUGGUGGAACUUCGAAUGAGACAGUGUCCGCUCAUAGGUGACACUUCCGUUAUGGCAUUAGCAUCAAUGCAGGCUGAUGAUGACACCUGGCGUGGAAGUAGUUUGCAAUUGCUUGACCUAUUUAAUUGUGGAGGUAUCACCCCUAUUUCAUUCCGGUGGUUAAAGAAACCUUAUUUCCCUAGGUUGAGAUGGUUAGGUGUGACGGGGCUUGUGAACAGGGAGCUUGUGGAUGCUUUAGCUCGAAGUAGACCAUUUCUACGUGUUUCAUAUUGUGGUGAAGAGCUGGGGACAAACCAGUGGGACAACUCAAAUGAUAUGUACAUGCAUGAUUAUGAGGAAGUUGAUGAACUUGAACAGUGGCUGCUUGAUGAUGAUAACGAGAUUGCUGAUGAAGAAAUGGUAGAUGCUGCAGAUGAUGUUGAGGCUUAAUUUCCCAAGUAUUGUAUUUUUCAUCUUCUUUUACUAAAUUAUGUGGUUGCUUGUUUAAUAGAAUUGUGUGCUUUGUUGUAAAACUACACAGUGACUAGUCUAUUCUUAUUAAUAUGUGUACGUGUAGGUAAAUUUACAAUAAUCAGUGACUUAUGUAUGAUAUCCUUGGCUUGUAAAUUGUUUACGGUGCAUGAAACCUUCAUAUC